GGAUGUUCUGCCAGGCUGAGUACCCGGAGUACGGUCAGUCUGCUGAGUCAGUGUUUGGCAUCGGACCGCCGGCCCAGUGUCACAAUAGUUCAAGCCCGGUGAGCUACAUGCCGCCGCGCCCGCAAUGCCUUUACUGAUCGGAUCGGAUGCCUGUCACGGCGGAGUGGCCCGGGCCUUGUUUCUGCCCACUGGCAACCGUGAACCGUUGGCAACCUCCGACACUUCAAGUACCCACAGGCAGCCUACGGCACUGCAGUGGUCACUGCUGAGUCUCGGAUCGGACCGUACUGGGUCUGUCAUCGGAGGCCGGGCCCUUGAAUUUACCGUACCAGUAGUGACUCGGAAUCUGCCGGGAUGAACUUGAAAGUACCGUAAUCGAUCGGAUCAGU